UCUUCUUAACAUUGAUCAAUGGCAUUCUUGACAGCAAUUUCUAGCAAUGAAAACUUAGUACUUCACAAACACCUUAACAAUGGCUUCUCUCUGCCACCAAAAACUUCUUUCAGCCACCACCUUAGUAUUAUCUGCAUGAAAACUCAGCCUACCCAUGUUGUAAAGAGUUCUAUUUCUCAGUCAUUACAAGCCCAAGAAGAACUAGUGACCUCCAAACCCCUAAACUUAGUAUUUCCUGAGUUCAAUUUUGAUGAGUAUAUGAAAUUGAAGGCAAAAAUGGUGAACAAAGCUCUAGACGAGUCAGUUCCUUUGCUAACUCCAAUUAAAAUCCAUGAGGCCAUGAGGUACUCCCUUCUUGCAGGAGGAAAACGUGUCCGGCCUGUAUUAUGCCUUGCUUCUUGUGAAAUAGUAGGAGGAGAAGAAUCCAUGGUUAUGCCCAUGGCUUGUGCGGUUGAAAUGAUCCACACAAUGACACUCAUUCAUGAUGACCUCCCGUGCAUGGACAACGAUGAUCUGCGCCGUGGAAAGCCCACUAAUCACAAGGUUUUUGGGGAAGAAACUGCUAUUCUUGCGGGUGACGCACUAUUGUCCCUUUCUUUUGAACAUGUAGCAGCCAAGACUCCAAGAAAUGUGUCACCCCAGAGAGUGAUUCAAGCCGUUUCUGAACUCGGCUCUGCGGUUGGAUCACAAGGGCUAGUUGCAGGGCAAGUGGUAGACAUAGCCAGCGAGGGGAAACAAGUGAGUUUGGAAGAAUUAGAGUACAUUCAUGUGCACAAGACAUCAAAGUUACUAGAAGCAUCAGUUGUCUGUGGAGCAAUUUUGGGUGGAGGACAUGUGAUUGAAGUUGAGAGGCUAAGGAAAUAUGCUAGAUGCAUAGGAUUGCUUUUUCAAGUUGUGGAUGACAUUUUGGAUGUUACUAAGUCAUCCGAGGAAUUGGGAAAGACGGCCGGCAAGGAUUUGGAGAAUGACAAGGCUACUUAUCCAAAGCUUUUGGGACUCGAUAAGGCCAAUGAGUUUGCCGGAGAACUGGUGGCUAAAGCCAAGGAAGAGCUCAGUUACUUUGAUGCUUCCAAGGCCGCGCCACUCUAUCAUUUAGCUAAUUAUAUCGCGCACCGGCAAAAUUAAUUUCCUAGAUAAAAGGAAAAAGAUGUUUAUUUCUUUGUGAUUUUCUGUUUUCUUCUCCCUACUAUAUUUUGUACAGAAAAGUUGUCUUGAUUUCAAACGAACAGGGGAAGUGAAAUGCUAUGAAUAUAUACACUCUUCGGUAGUAUGAUUAAAUGUUUCUUUGUUUCUUGAUUGCAAAUUGAUCAUUACGAUCAUAUGCUUAAUAUUGGAAGACUUCCUAAUAAUGUCGAAUUUCUACGUUGUAUGAUGCAUAAAAGAGUUUGUAUGAGUCGUGGAAUCAUCCGAGAAAGGUUCAAAAUGAUGGAG